ACUACCUGAGCCCGGACGUUCAAGAGCUAAACAUAUUUUGCGAUUCUUGCAGCGGCCAAAACAAAAAUUUCACGUUUUUUAAAUUUGUACACAGUUUGGUCCAUGAAGAGAAACGGCUCCAGACAGUUACAGUAACUUCUUCUAUUCGGGGGCACUCGUAUCUGGAGUGUGACAAAAACAUGGGGUUGGUAAAUCAAAAAAUUAGAACAGAGGUUCCUGCUGAUUUGAUAGAGGUGUUUAAAGAGGCUCGAGUAAAACCGUCACCUUUUCGUGUAUUGGAAUGCAGUCAAAGCAUGUUUAGAAAAUGGAUGGAGCAUCUUGGGACUUUCUACAAAAAGAAGGCAUUAUUUCAAACCCGACCAAUUAGAGAGUACAGAGUUAGUCGUGAACACCCUCGUCUUGUUUCCUAUCGAACGUCAUUUAAUGGAGCCUGGGAAACUGCUGAAAUUAGAGGUCCAUCAUACAAGUAUCGUCAGGGUCUAACUGAAAAAGAAUUUCGUCUUCCUGCACUAUCAUAUAAAGAAGUUGAAGAUAAUAUAAAUCCAUCCAUUGAAUUAAUAGAAAAUCGCCAGGCUGAAACUGAUGAAAAUCUUAUACGCACAACUUGGAGUAGAGAAGAAAUUUUGUCACUGAUUAAUUUGUAUGAGGAAUAUGAAAAAAAAUUUAAAUCAACGACAAUAAAAAAUGAUAAAGUGUGGCAAGAGAUAAGUUCAAAAAUUCCAUCUCAUACAUGGGAACAAUGUAAAAAUAAAUUCAAAUAUUUAAAGAGCAAAUACAUUGAAAAGAAAGAUAACAUGGGAGCUAAAGCAACUGGUGCCAAAGCUAUAAGGUUUGAUUAUUUUGACAAAAUGGAGAAAAUUUUUCGACAACAUCCUAAUGUUGCUCCUGUAGCUACUGCCUCAUCCAGUAGAGGAAUAUGUAACAUCACAUCUAUUUCUUCUACAUCCUGCCACCAAGAAAUAUAUGCUAGUCUAAUCCCAGAACAAAAGAAUGAAAAACGUAAAGCUAUUGAAGAAAUGCCAGAAGAAAAAAAUGAAAAUGACUCCCUCUACUGA